ACUUCAAGACUUGUCACUUGUCUGUGUAAUAAUAACAAAAAUUCGGAUUUCGUUUUCGAUCGGCUCAGAUUUUAUUUUUACAAUUUUUGCUAUUAUGGAUUUUUAAUGUAAAUUGCUGAUAUUGUUUGCAGUUUGCAAUGAAUAAUAGUGAAGGGAAGCAAGUUUCCAAUAGUGUAGUUCCGGUAAAUAAUUCAAAAACUAAACCAAAAAUUCGUACUAGGAAACGCAAGCGACAUAACAGUGAAAGUAGCAGUGAUGUGGAUGACUUACCGGAUAAUACAUUGGAAACUGAGAAAAAUUUACACAUAUCAGCAAAGAAAAACAAUUUGGAUGAAGUCAGUGUAAAGAAGAUUCUCAAGAAAGUAGUGACCAAUGACCAUGUGCUGGCCUUUGUGAAGUUGAGGGAAGAAGAAGAAGGUCCAGGGACAGAAGAUGUUCUACAGCCAAAGUUCACCAGGGCUAAAGCUAAAGAGUUGAUGAAAGUGUCUCCACGCAUGCCGCAAUGGCCGAUUGAGCUGACACCCAUUAAACACAUACCAGUGAAGACCAGACCCGAAGUCACAGCACUCAUUGCACAGGAAUUGCCUGAUGAUGAAGAUGAUGAUGAAUAUGAACCCACCCAUGAUGAAAGCGAUGAAGACCAUGGUUUGGAGUCAUGCAGUGACUUAGAUUCUCAGCCCAGAACACCCGCUACACCUCUCAGCCAGAAGAAACGCAGCCCUACGGUUGUCAAGGAUGGACCCUUCAAAGUGCCACAAGAAGUUUCAGUAUCUGUCCGCAAAAAGCUGAAUUUAGAAGAGGAAGCCACUAUAGCACUACGCACCAGGUCCAAGUUGAGCCUCUCGGAGACACCCAUAGAGCAUAUAGAGAGUUCUUUCAUCCCUCCGGACGAGCUGCCUAUGCCUGAUGUGGAUGAUCUGUGGAAUGAUUUUUUGAGCGAAUGCUUGAAUCCAGAAUCCAAAACUAAUGAAGAGGACGAUGAGUUAGAUCCUGAGUAUAAUGUUGCAGCGGACCCUGAUGCCAACGAUGAGGAUGAGGCUUUAGAGAAGAGUAUAAUCAAGAUAUCAAAGAAGGAGCUAACAGACUUGGUGACGGAACUGAUGAAUGUGAUGCCCGAGGGUCUGGAGAACCAGCUGCCCAACGCCACCGGCGACAGCCAACGCACCAACGGAGCUGCCGACGUUGGUCCUAAUAAAGUGCAGAAUAUAAAUGAGGUACAAACACAUUGGGAAGGCAAACAAGAGCCAUUAUCAGACGAUGAAGCAGAGACCACCAAUAUAGCGUCGAAGAUAACUUUUGAAUCCACUAACGUUGUGAGUCGAGUGUCUAUCGGCAAGACAGAGGUAGCAGAUGUUGAUGAGAAUGAGGCAGAACAGGACCAGUUGAAUAGUACAGUGGUUCUUAAGACUGAAUCACCUACUGUUGUCUCCUCUAAUAUGCCAGCUGCAGUGACCCGUAGUGUUACCAUCUCAGUGGAGGAGCGCGAGCACCCCGUGCUGGGGGGCUCCGAGCCGGCACUGGAGCCCCCGGCGCCGCUGCGACACCUGGUGCCUCCGCCGCCGGUCAAAGUUAACAUCGAAGUCACCACUCCUGUGCAAAUGUCACCUGACCAAGUGAGCAUACUGCAACAGCAGCUCCGACAACACGUACAGUUGGCCGCUACAAACUUCUUGCAACUUUUUGUUCACCCUGUACAUUGGUCCUAUGCGCACAAAUACAGGGGGUACCUGGAUUCCUUCAAAGAAAUCGUUUCAAAGAACCCAAAGUCAGUGGUGGAUGUGUGCAACCUAACGCCGGCGAUAGAUCUGGUGAACAGCUGGGACCUGGCCGUCUCCGCUAACACCAAGGAGAAUAAGAAAAUGGUAGAAUUUAUUCAAGCUGAAGUCGAAAAGUGCCAUAAAAGGAGUACAUGUAAUAACUACUAUGUCGCGGACUUUCCCGAAUUAUUCAAAAAGGUGGUCGCCAAUAGUACAGUGUUCCUAUACCCUUAUUUGCUGCCCCCGAUGCCGUAUCGAUCAUUUAGAACCCAUAGAAGAUAUAACUAUCUUAAAAGUGAGGAUGAGCUCAUUGUGCUGGGUAUUGACCAAUUUUGGCAGUACAUAGAGAAUAACCCGGAACUGUUCAAACCGCCCGCAAAGCUCCACCCACGUAGACGUUGGGGCCUGAUGCUCACUGUCCGGCUAGUGUGCAAACACAUGCUGCCGUGGAUAUCGCCAAAAGCGAUGUUGAAUCAUAUACAAUGUACUAGGAGGACUGAAGACAAUCGCAAUCCUAUAGUCAAAUACUUUACGGAUAAAACUAUAGAGCCGGUGAAGCAUGCAAUCCUUCCGUUCAAUCCAAAAAUGACUCUCUACGAACACCCCGAGAUAGAGAUGCCUCGCCUCUGGAUUAAAUAUCUCGCAAAGAAUAGCAAACGGUUUAAACAUUGUCCUAGUCGUCGAUAUGAUGCGGUGCAACCGCCAAGGGGCAUAGAAAUUAAAACUGGACAAGUAUUAGGGCCCACGGAAAAAGAAGCACUGCCCAUUGAAUUCAUUAAACCGAUAUACAGCAAUCGCAUUAAUGUUUUACCCAGAACGCCCAAAAUAACCUUCCCUGACAAAGUCGAUGUGAACAUAGCCACUACGUUAUCAGAAGUGGGAUCAGAUAACAAUUUUCUAGUCGCGGCCAAUCUUUUCACUGUCGUCGAUACUGGAGACGGUGCAAAGCUUAUGCCACUAAAACUACAGACUAAUACAGUAAAUAGUUCUACAGAACCAAUAUGCUCUCCCGCUGUGGUGGAUAGCAAUACACAUGUACAGAAAAACAGUGAAUUCGCAGAUAUAGUUAUAAAAAACAAUUGCAUAGUCAUCACACCGAAAGUAAUUCCACCCACUAAAUCACUUGAAAAACACUGCCCCUGUUGUGAGCUAUUGAGGAAGAUUUGUAAAUUGCGACAAACGCACAUAACUGAUUUCUUCGUAUCUAAUAGAGUGAAGGAGAAGAAGUGUGAAUGCAGAAAUAAAAACUAUCCAAAUAUUACGAACAAAUUGAAAAUGUUGGUGAAUUGUUUCAAAACACAAUCCAAUGUUUUGUAUACUCAGCUGUUGCAGAGACUUGAUAAACGUUACGUAGGAAACGAUGUUAAGAAUGAAUCGACGGAUUUUAAUUUGGAAGACUUUGCCACAGCAAUAUCAUACCAAUGCAAAGUAAUGGCGCGGGCGACAGUCAUAAGAAAUAUUAAUGUGAAAAGAGCAAUACAAAUUGCGUUUUCAAAAUUCAAUACCGAAACUGGGGAGCCCAUAAAGUUGGCGGAGAAAUUGUUCAAAAUAUUUGACGUGGAUCUAGCCGACAUGUAUACAGAGUUUCUGGGAUUUCUCACUGCGGAUCAGGCAGAUUCGAUUGGAAAAUUCGAAGAGUACUUCAUAAGGAACUGUGUUAGAGAUUUAAUACAGAAAAUUGAGGCCCAAGUCGACGACAUGGUGAAGCGAUGCUCGUUAUUAAAUCAAAUGAAGCAGAUGUUCAGCAGCAAGUCGACAACAGCAUGCGACAUCUGCUGCGGACUGCUGCGGGACUUGGAGCAGUAUCCCGAGCUGGCGCGCCACGUGUUCUCGCUGUUCCCGCACCGACGGCAACAACACAAGUCGACAACAGCAUGCGACAUCUGCUGCGGACUGUUGCGGGACUUGGAGCAGUAUCCCGAGCUGCAGAUGUGCAGCAGCAAGUCGACAACAGCAUGCGACAUCUGCUGCGGACUGCCGCGGGACUUGGAGCAGUAUCCCGAGCUGGCGCGCCACGUGUUCUCGCUGUUCCCGCACCGACGGCAACAACAGCAAAAUGUAUUAGGCCAUAAAACUCAUAAUAUACAAGAAAUAACUAGUCAUGGAGUUACGGAAGAGAAUAACUCAAUAGGAAGUUCGGAGACGAGCGAUAAACGUACAGAAGUAACUCAGCACAGUAAUACUGAAUUGAGAAACAAAAGUCCAAAAGUAAGCGAUAGUGUAGCCAAAGAAACACUCAUAGUUAUGGAUUAUGAGGCUGACAACUCUUGCAGUGAAGAGGAAUUAGGUAUUGAUAUGGAUGAAGAGAAUGAAGAGAAUGAAGAAGAAACGUCAGCUGAUAGGAGAGAAGACGAAAGAGUACAACUAGUCACUAGAACGGCAUAUGAAGCCCUAGAUACACCUGAACUCACUAUAACCAAGACUGAAAUACAGGACCACAGCGAAACGGACAUGUCUAUGCUCAUUAUGUCUGAGGACGAAUCCAUCAAAACUGAACCUGUGGAUUGGACAAGAGACGAAGACAAACUUAUUCUUGAAAUGCUAAAACAAUUUUUAACGCCCCAAGAGAGAAGCGACAAAACUAUUGUAGAAAUAAUCAAAGAAAAAGAUUUAUUAAACAUAAUAACCAAAAAAUUGACCGAUAAGUCUUUGAACGAUGUUACCGAACGAGUGUUGUAUUUAUUACAAAUAUUAAUUUUAAGUGAUUAUGAAAAGGAAAAAUGAAUUUUACCAAUGAAUACGCUUGUAUAUUUUAUUUAUUACAAUGAUAGUGAUGACAUGAA